UCGUCUUCUUUCGUUUUAGCAGACGGAAGUUAUCCAACGGUGAACAGGUGAAGGUCAUAUCGGCUGAAGGUUGCAGCCGAUUCAGUAUCCCAACACAGAAUCUCACCUUCACACUAGCUUCAUCAUGGUAGACCAUAGCAGAGAGCAUCUUUUAAGGAAAGACAGUAUUUGGAUCCAAACUGGAAGAGAAGGACAGGAACUUGAUGCUGGAUCUGCAACUGGCAAAUCCCUCGGAGUUUUUACGAGCGGGGGCGAUUCACAGGGUAUGAAUUCUGCUGUGAGAGCUGUGGUUAGAAUGGGAACAUUUCUUGGUUGUAAAGUUUACUACAUCAAAGAGGGAUACCAGGGUAUGGUUGAUGGAGGUGAUCUUAUUACAGAAGCUUCUUGGGCAAGCUCAUCUGGAAUAAUGCAAAAGGGUGGAACUGUGAUUGGCAGUGCUAGAUGUGCCGAUUUCCGUCAAAGAGCUGGAAGGUUGAAGGCUGCCAAGAAUCUUAUAGAUAAAAACAUAACAAAUCUGGUAGUGAUUGGCGGAGAUGGUAGUCUGACUGGUGCUAACUUAUUCAGACAAGAAUGGAUGAGUUUACUGGAUGAACUUAAGGAAACAGGGAAAAUAACAGAUGAACAAAGAAGAAAUUGCAGUCACAUAAACAUAGUUGGAAUGGUUGGAUCUAUUGAUAAUGAUUUCUGUGGCACAGACAUGACCAUCGGGACAGACUCAGCACUGCACAGAAUCAUAGAAUCAGUUGAUUCUAUUUCAACCACUGCAUCAAGCCAUCAAAGAGCUUUUGUAUUAGAAGUUAUGGGUAGGCACUGUGGGUAUUUAGCCUUAGUUGCUGCUCUGGCUACGGAAGCUGAUUGGGUAUUAAUUCCAGAGUGUCCUCCAGAUCAUGGUUGGGAAAAAACACUAUGUAAAAAACUGUCAGCUGAAAGAGAGAUGGGCCUGCGCUUGAACAUAGUCAUCGUGGCAGAAGGUGCAAUUGAUAUUGAUGGCAAUCCAAUAACUGCCAAUAUGGUUAAAGAUCUAAUCACAAAUGAGUUGAAGUAUGAUACAAGAGUUACUGUUCUCGGCCAUGUACAACGAGGAGGAAAACCAACAGCUUUUGACAGAAUUCUGGGAGCCAGAAUGGGUGCUGAGGCUGUACUAGCCCUGAUGGAUGCCAAACCUGAUACACCAGCAUGUGUUGUGUCUUUAGAUGGUAACCAGACAGUUAGAGUUCCUUUAUUGGAAUGUGUUGAAAGGACAAAAAGUGUACAGGAAGCAAUGAAUAAAAAGAAUUUCCAGGAAGCUGUGAGGUUACGAGGAAAGAGUUUCCAAAACAAUUUAGCAACAUACUUGAGGCUCAGUAAACUUCGGCCACCAAAAGUAAUGUGUGAUCCCACUGGUCAAGUGUGCUCAAGUGGUAAAAAGUUAGCAGUUAUGAAUAUUGGAGCCCCAGCUUGUGGUGCCAACGCAGCUGUCAGAUCUUUUGUCAGAUUUGCUUUGACAAAAGGAUACACUGUACUUGGUAUCCAUGAUUCAUUUGAUGGUCUUCUUUAUGGUGAUAGUCACCAGAACAUUAUUGAAAUGGUAAAACCGAUUGGUUGGACAGAUGUACAUGGAUGGACUUGUCAAGGUGGAUCACUGUUAGGAACCAAAAAAUGUACUGCUGCAAGAUAUGGAUUAGACAAAGUUGCCGAAAAAUUAAAGGAACAUGAUAUCAGUGGUCUUCUUAUCAUUGGAGGAUUUGAGGCCUACCACAGUGCCCUUCAGAUGGCAGAGGCUAGAUCAAAGUAUGAUGCUUUCUGUAUACCAAUGGUGGUUAUUCCUUGUACUAUCAGCAACAAUGUACCAGGGACAGAUUUCAGUCUGGGGGCUGAUACAGCAUUAAAUGAAAUAGCAGAUAUCUGUGAUAGAAUCAAACAGUCAGCUACUGGAACAAAAAGACGAGUGUUUAUUGUGGAGGUGAUGGGUGGAUAUUGUGGUUACCUAGCAACCAUGGCUGGUCUAGCAGGAGGAGCAGAUGCAGCCUAUAUAUACGAAGAUCCAUUUAAUAUCACUAAUUUAAGGGAUGAUGUCAUCCAUUUGAAAAAUAAAAUUAUUCAACUUGGUGUACAAAGAGGAUUAAUUUUAAGAAAUGAAAACGCAAAUGCCAACUACACAACAGAUUUUAUCCAUCAGAUGUUUUCUGAGGAGGGUAAAGGAUCGUUUACUUGUCGUAAGAAUGUUUUGGGACAUAUGCAACAAGGUGGCGUACCAUCACCAUUCGAUAGAAACUAUGGAACAAAGAUGGCUUCCAAGGCAGUAGAUUAUAUGAUCACUAAAGUGGAAGAAAAUACUACAGAAGAUGGAAAAAUAAAAUCCUGUACAAAAGAUUCUGCAGUACUUUUGGGUAUGUGUAGAAGACAACUGCUAUUUACACCAUUAGAAGAACUCAGAGAAAUCACAGAUUUUGAAAAAAGAUUACCAAAACAACAAUGGUGGCUAAGUUUAGUGCGACCAUUACUUAGAAUAAUGGCUAAACACUCCAAUGAGGCUUAUAGAGCUGACGCAAUUCUUAGUAAAGUGGACUUCGAGGACGAUGAUAAUGCAUAAUAGACUUAUCUACAAGCAUGUCUAGUGUCUAUAUCCUGAUAAAUAGUGCUCUGUUCAUGAUGAUAGGUAAAUAAUUGGCCUUUAAUACAUCAGAAUAUAUUUUUUAUGUUAGUAAAGAAAACUAUAAAGCCAUGACCUACAGUAAUGAUUAAAAAAGUGUCAUUGAACCUUUUUUCAUUAUUUUUUUUAAGAAUAUCUUAUUUUCUGCAAACCAGCACUAACAAGCUUUGAUUUUCAAAGAAAAUGCUGAAAGAUUUUCAUAUGCUGUGCUUAAGAGAGAGUGAAAAAAAGGUCAGAUGAGUUUCUUCCCGUUCCAAAAGAGUUUUGUUCCCUAGGGUGGUUCCAUUAAUACAUACAUAGUAACCAGGGAAGGCACUUUAAAAAUGGGGUAACCAUUUAUAGAAGCAAACAAAUAAAUUUUAACUUACAUUUCCACUAUGCAAAAACAGAUGACACCCAGCCAUGGUUGAGAUUUGGAAGUGCCUUCCCUGGAUGCCAUGAUUUUUUUAUGUAACCGCCCUUCCUAAAACCUUCAUCAUGAACUAUUUCCAUUUUUAAGAAAAAAAUCAAUUUGUAAAAUAAUUGCUUUCAAUAAAGUUGUAAAUUUUACCCUCAAAUAACGGUCACAUUUAUAUAUAAUUUUCUGGGUGAAGACUUAUUGGUGGCCUUGGGCUGUUUUCUGCUCUUUGGUCCUGUUGUUGUCUCUUUGACACAUUCCCCCUUUCCAUUCACCAUUCUAUCAUCUUCACAGUGAAUAAGCAGCAUUAUUUUGUUCAAUUCAGUUAUACAAUUUUUUUUUGUUUUUUUAUCAUCAUUUUACAUUUUUACCCUGGUCAUUGAUGAAUUGAUUAACCUUAUGUUUUCAGAGGUAAACAAAGCAGUUUUGACAAAACGUUAAAUGUGAAAUAGCUUUUAAGGGUCCAUUUGAGUUUCUAGUCUAUUCAAUUGUGAAAAACAUUUAUUGAAUAUUUUAAGAUUUGACUUUGCCACAAAGAUCAUUCCUCUGUUGACCUCAUACCUUGAAGAUGAUCAAUUCUAUUAAGAUUUUUCAGAAGUCAUUUAGAAAAAAAGAUUUCAGUGUCAAUUUUUUUCGGACAAAAAUCUGGCAUUUCUUUUAUUUUCUUUUUAUAAGGAAUUAUAAGAGUAUAGUAGCUUCUUUAACAAUCAGCAUUUUAUUUGAGGACAAAUGAAGACUAUAUUUAGCAAAUAGAAACAUCCAUUACCAUUUGCAAUAACAUUUGAGCUGUGUUAGAUGAAAAUAGGCCUUAUGCAAGGGCAUGUAUACCUAUACUUUGAUUGAUUUUGGAACAUUCAAAUAUAAAAUACAAAGAUUAAUAUUGGUCGGUGUUGUAGUUUUCAUCUAAACUACAUGUUCAAACUGUUCCAUAUUGAUUUUUUCAACCCAAAAUAGAUGCAUUGCAUAAGGUUGAUUUCUAGAGGAAGCAGCUGAUAUAUAUGUGAUACAUUUUGUGAUAGUAAUAUCUUAGUGCUACUAGUUAAGGGUAUACUGUUAUCUUAGUGCUACUAGUUAAGGGUAUACUGUUCUUGAUUAUUGUUGUUUGUUAAUUGAUAUGUGUAUUGUCAGUAAAGAUAUCUGAAGGUUGUGUACAUUUUGUUAUUAUCUAUUUAAAAAAAAUGUUGCAGCAGAUUUAUAAUUUCUGAAAAAGACCCAUUAAUGAUAUCUACGUAUGUCAGUUGGAUAAGAUGUUUCCUAGCUAAAUGACCAUACAUUAGCAAUAAGCUAGGACUCCUUAUUUGCUUAAAAAUAAAAAUAUUUUGUUAGUCACAUGAAUAUUUUUGAAAUUGCUGUCUGCAUUUAUUUGAGGGCAUUUUCCAGAGGAAAUCCUAAAUAACUAUAAGAGUGCCAUUGUUAUCCACUGAUGUUAUUAAUUUUAUUUAACAUGUUUGUUGUAUUGAAUAAUUGUUUUUGUUUCUGCAUAAUUAACAGUAAUGUUAAAAAUGAUAUUUUCAAAAGAUGAGGUACUUGACCAUUGAGUUUUUCAGUACCUCUCUUUAAUUUUACUAAUCUUACAACAUUCUUGGCACCAGCCUUCCUUAUCAUAUGAUAUCGCAGACUUUCAAGCCGUCUCUUUGGUGUUUACAUUGUGUCUCCUUUUGUUUCUGUACUUUAUACAUAUUUGGGCAGAUUUAUUAUAUUUACUGUAAUUAUAAACAAGUUUAUGUAUGACUUCAUUAAUUCAGAGAACAGAGUUUCUUUUUUGCAGAAAAUACUCUAGUGAGCUUUGUGUUUGCUAUUUCAUAGAAUAACACAUUUAUAGAACAGUUUUCAACCCUUUGGAAAUUAAAAAAAUGUCUUUUAACAUUUAGGUAAAAUCUCUUUUUUCUUUUUAUUGUCAUUAUAGUUUGAUAAAUUCAUUGAAUUAUAUGGUUUUUAUUUACUGUUCACUUAGAUUCGGCAUCCUUUAAUUAAAUGGUUAUUUAUCUGACACAACAGAUUUCUGAUCCUUGCCAGUAUAUUUAAUUAUUUGUGGAAAUUUUACAACUAGCUUACUUGUUUUAUUUGAACAUAUAUUUCAACAAUAGUUGAUAAGUCUCCUUUGUUGUAUUCUAGUUAUAAGAAAGGCAUUUUUAUUUAUAAUGGAUAGACCAGGGUACUUAACUUCCAGAUGUAUAGCAUGCUUAUAUAAUUUCUUUGGUAGAAUGUAAGAGCCGUGGACAUUGUUACAAUCAAAUGAUAAACUCCCUUGUGGUGAAAUGUAUUGUUUUGUAAACAAGAAGAAAGCUAACAUGAAAUCAGCUAUCAACCCAUAUUGUUUAUUUCUGAGCAAAACAAAAAAAACCAGCAAUUUGUGCCAUUUUAUUUCCGAGAUAGAGAGAAGAAUUAACCAAAGUUAGUUUUAGCAUUAAUUGUGCUUCCCAGCCUGACCAGACUGUUUGAUUAAACAAGAUGUACACAAUUUGCAAAAAUUAUUCAAAAUGUACAUGUAUGUGAUAAAUACUAGGAAUGAUAGAUAUACAUAAGCAAAGGGGUUAUUCCAUUUAUUUUUGUGUGGUAGGGCAGGAAGGGACUUUCAAUACUCACCUAUUUUACAACCAAUAUAUUUUAUCAGUAGAUUGACUCAACCCAUGUUCAAAAAGAAAUCUUCCUUGAAAUUUACGCUUAUCAAAAUAUUUGAUCAAUUUGUCCAGCAACCAAUAUCUAAAACAAAACUUCCACUCCUGCCAUCCCUCAUUCAUUUAAAUGGAAUAGCUCCAGUAGAUUUUUACCUCCAUAUAUACAAUGGUAUGUUUACCACUGUCAUGUUUUAAUUGAUGUUGAUUUUUUCAGCUUUAAACAAUAAAAAUUCAUUUUA